AUGGGUAACUCUUCCAACCCUGCUCACAAGGCCGGCGUGCCCCGAUCUGGUCUCGUCUGGGGUGUCAACCGAGGUCACGUCACUGAGCGCCGCGUGCUUGCUCCCCGCCCAUCCAACCGCAAGGGACGUGAGGGUGAGCGAGUCAAGGUCAUCCGCUCGGUCGUUCGUGAGGUCGCCGGUUUCGCCCCUUACGAGCGUCGCGCCAUGGAGCUCAUCCGUAACUCCAAGGACAAGCGCGCCCGCAAGUUCAUCAAGCGUCGCGUCGGCACCCUUCGCAGGGCCAAGAACAAGAUGGAGAGCCUCACCAACGUGAUCGCCGAACAGCGCCGCGCCGGUCACUAA